GGCAGUUCUAAUUUUAAGCUAUUUAAGUUAUCUUUUCAUUUAGUUAAUACAGUUAAAUGAGAGCAAUAAAAGAGUAGCCCACAAGAACUAGAUUUAGACUAUGUUUAUAAGAUUAAGAAAAACGAAUUUAAAAAAUAAAAAAACAGUGGGCACUAGUCUAUUUAUAGUAACUAAGUAUUUAGUAGUAUUAGUACUAUGCUCGGCAGUAAAAAAAUAAAUUUUGAAGGGUCCAUGCCAUUUUUAGGUUUUGUGCAACCUGGCAACCUGUUUUCAAAGUAGUCUGUUGUUGAAUUUAUUUCAGUUUCAAAAUUCAGCAUCCAAAGUGGCAAGCCCAUUUUAUUUUUAUUUUAAAUAUUAGUCUGUAGCCCCAAAAUAUAGUAUUAUUAAUUUAGUAAUUUUUAUAAUUAAUAAGUUAAUAUUAUAACUACUAAGUUACUAUUAACUAAUUUAAAGUCAUAGUUUAGACUUUAGUACCUUCAUUAUGAUUAGAGGCAGAGAUUCAAAUACAUGUCAUGGGCGCCCGCAGAAAACUUUCUAGGGGGGGGGGGCAAAAAAAGUUGAUUAACUUUCCAGGGGGGGGGGGGCAACAAAUUUGUAGCAAUGUUUAAUGUAGUUUUAAUUUACUGUAGCGUAUUUGUAUGGUGAACGAACGGAAAGGACAUCAGCUUAGUUACUUUCUCUUUAUUUUCUCUUUACUUUAAUACAUUUUUGGUCUAUUUUUGUCUAAAAAUGUUUUAUCCAUUCAAUCCAGAGGGGGGGGGGCAAAUGCCCCACCUUGCCCCUACCUGCGAGUGCCCAUGGUCCUGCUGUGAUUGAUUUAUACAGUAAUAAAUUCUACUUUUAUGUAAAAGUAGUCUUAUUAAUAAAGUAUCUCAGCAUGCAUAAUGCAUACAAAAUUAAGCCUCAACUAUAACACAACUAUUGGUAAUCUACUAUUGGCUCAAGUGGUAGAUUACCCAACUAUUUAACUAUGUUUAAGAAUCAUUAAUUCUUUAAAAUUUGAUUAUUUAAUUGAAAUUGAAUUAAUGAAUAUAUUUAAAUCUCGUUUCUUUUUUCUAUUUUUUUCUAGGCUUGUUUACUUGUUAAACCAGGCAGAACUUUAAAUACCAUUAGGCUUGGAUGACACACAAGAAUGAGAAUUUGUGACUGUACAAAUUUAAAACUUUGAAUUAGACACACAGUCACAAAAAAACUCUCAGGAAUGAAGUCAGAAUUUACCUGAAAGAAGUUACCUUAGUUAAGCUUCAGAAAAAAUAAAUGAUAGUCAUUUAUUGAAAUUAAUUAGAUCUACUCUUACAACCCAGAACCAUGAAAUAUGAUUACAUUAAAAAAUAUUUUUUAAAAACAAAGUAACUUAAUCAUUGGUUUAAUGAAAAUAUACAAAAAAAUGUACAUAAAAGAGGUUGUUUGCUGUGCUGUAGCCAUCUUCCUGACUUACAUUCAUGUUUCAUUCAAGGAGACUGUAGAUUUAGCGAUUUGUAUUCUUUCUGCUAGAAAUAAUUUUGAGCAUCGCAGUGCAAUAAGAAAAUCAUGGCUCAAAGACAUGCAUACCAUUAGGUCCACCCAAAACAAGAAUAUGGUUGCAAAGUUUGUGGUAGGAAAGGUAGCUUGUUCUGUCCAUCCUGAGAACAGAAUAGACCAUUAUGACUGUGAGCGCUGGACACCAUCAAUACCUGACAAACCAGUCCUUCAAGCAUUCUCAUUGAAAUCAGCAAGCAGUCCUCACAUGUACAAAGUUGCCCAGAAAUUUUAUGUAAAAGUUAUGCAUGACAUUACUUUAUUGAGACUUGGUGUGGCAGAAUUUUUCAUACUUCCUUUCUUACAAGCCAAUGCUAGUUCUCAUGUUGAUAUCGUUGUAUAUGAUGUCAUCUCCAAUGAAGAAAUUGCUCAUGCCCAUAUCAUCACAUCCCUUAAUGUUCAUAGAGUUGAUGGAUAUUUGUACCGUCCAAUCCAAGAAAUGCAUUUACCCAAGGGAUAUGAGUUUGAGGUUGAACUUAGGCUCCCUGAAGAUGCCACAUUUCCUGACCAUCUACAAACAUUACCAUCACAAAGAGUGAUGAACUGGGAUGUGACAGAUAGUCACAAUGAAAUAGUGAUAUUAAAACCUCUAAAUGAAGAUGGUACUCUGAUGUUAAGUAAACAUGUUCCAUCACUUUCGUUCAUGUUUUCUACCCUUGACACUGAUGGUUUAAGACAACAUUUGGAGCUUAGUUCUGAAAGAGAUUUGGCUUGGCAAAAGAAAACAAAUUUAGAGACCAUCCAUCUUCAAGAAGAACAAUUAUUACAUCAAGAUAUGAUCAUGAUGGAUGUUACAGAUGUUUACCGAAGUCUACCAGAGAAGAUUCUUUUGUGUCAUGAUUGGUUUAGAAACAAUUAUGAUGCGAGUUUUAUUUUAAAGACGGAUGAUGACUGUUUCAUUAAUUUGGAAAAUAUUAUUUCAUCACUUGUUGAUUUAGAUGUUAAGACUUUGAGGUGGUGGGGCAAUUUUAGGAUCCAUUGGCUUGUAGAACAACAUGGUAAAUGGCGUGAGCUGGAUUAUUCUAACACUGUCUACCCACGGUUUGCAUGUGGGUCUGGAAAUAUUGUGUCAAAAGGAAUUAAUGAAUGGUUGGUUAAAAACAAAAAUAUGCUUAAAAGAUUUCAAGGUGAAGAUGUCUCUAUGGGCAUCUGGCUAUCUGGUUUAAAUAUUGACCAUGUUCAAGAUGAUAGGUGGCAGUGUGGAAUGUCUUGUCAUAGAAAUGUAUAUUCAGUGCCAGAGCUCACUCCCGAGAAGGUGAUGUUAUACUGGAAUAACAGCAAGACUUGCUCUAAUCCUUGCCAGAAUUGUUGAUAAAUCAUUUCAAAUAAA